AUGGGGGCCGGGGCAAGCACUCCUGCUCCAGAGACACCAACCGGGUCGUGCCCGGUCGAUCACAAAACUCGAGAGGUCUGGUUGCAGCAGCACCAGGGCUCCAACUCGCCUCAUGCGCCAGCCCCCGAUGCAGCGGCCUCCGAACAAGGCCAACAACCAGCGACAAAAUUACAUCGCCCUCUAUCUGCCGACCGAGAAGUGAGCAGCAUCCCUCGAGCCGGAGAUACAGCCACAGGAGCAUGUCCAGAAGGCAACAAAGGCGCACCAUCCCCCUACGCGUCUUCCCCAUACGCAGCCUCGCACGGCAGCCCGUCCAAUGCCGAAUCCGAAACGGGCAAGGACGAGGCGACAGGCAAUUGGAUCUACCCAUCCGAGAAACAGUUCUUUGAGGCGUUGAUGCGCAAAGGCAACACGCCUGCCUCUGCCUCGUCUGCCUCGGAAUUGGCUACAUCGGUAGCGUCUAUCAUUCCCAUCCACAAUGCCGUCAACGAGCGCGCCUGGAAGCAGAUUCUGGAAUGGGAGGCCAAGGCUCCGUCUACAGAUCCGGGCAGCAAGAAGUGCGGAGGACCCAAGCUAUUUUCCUUCCGCGGACUUGGAGUGGAGCCACAGUUCCUGAGCCCGCGUGCGCGGGUCAAUGGGUGGCUUGGUUACCAGCGGCCGUUCGAUCGACAUGACUGGGUUGUUGAGCGAUGUGGUGGAGAUAAAGUUGAAUACGUGAUUGAUUUCUAUCAAGGCAAAUCCGUGGGCAAUAGCGGCCAAUCGGGACUGGCAGCCAAUGCGGGACCAGGCAAACUCAGCUUCUAUUUGGAUGUUCGGCCCAAGCUUAACAGCUACGAAGGUUGGCGGAUGAGAUUCAACCGGUUUACUGGUCUAUAA